AUGCCUUGUUCAUAUCUCGCUACUGGCGCUCUUGCGCUCACACUCGCUACCCGCACCUUCGCUCAGACUUGUGGUGACUGCCAGUCCUUUGGUGUCGACUUCCAGUCUGGCGAGUCCUACUUCCAGAACUCCUUGUCAACGAGUCCGUUCACAGCAGUACAGGAGUUUGAGGGCUGCUCGAAUGACACAUCUCACAAUGUGUUGGUCGAUCCCAAUGGCGACCAGUACGAGUGCAGCUUGACUCCAAUGCAGCCGGACGACACCCCAGAAACCAUCACUUGCCCUGUCAACAAGAAUCAGCUCUACACUGGCGACUGGUCGCUUCUGAUCAUCUCCAAUAAUGGCGACUGCGCGCCCAUCGACUACGAGCGAGACUUCCAUCUUGACGUUGGUCCCCAGCAGACAGUCACAGUGUCUCCAACCAUCACGAUCCAGACAACCGUGACACCUAUCGAGAGCGAUACUGCAACUUCGACACAGACCAUCACAAGCAGCGCAAAAGCAAAGACCAUAACUGUGCCUGCCAUCAACUUCAACCCAACAAUUACGAUCGCACCUCUUCCGGCCAUCACCGUCGUCACAAAGGCUAUUCUGACUGUCACAAAGACCUCGGUUCAGCCCCAAGUCGUUGCAACGAGCACCGCAGUUGCCACUGCAACAUGCCAGCUUCCCCAGCGUCGACGAGUCGCCGAUCCAGUCGCCAGCAUCGUAGCUACCAUCCUUAGCGAUCUCGGACUACACCUCCGUGAUGCUGCACCAGAGCCCACUGCCCGCCCUCGCUCUGGAACCAGCGAGUUCAAGCGUGCUAUCCUCGAGGGCCGUGCUGUCGAACCAGCAGUUAAGGCCAGAUGGCUCGAGGAGCGCCACGAGAAGUUGGCGCUUCAGAAGCGUGCGCCUGAUCAGCCGACCACUACCACCACCAACAUCGCCGCUUCGUCGACCGUGACUUCUACAGAGACUGACUUCGUGCCCACCAUUACUGUGACUGGCUACACCACACUUGUGCAGACAUCGACGGUCACGCCGACUAUCACCGUGAGCAAGGGCAUCGCCUUCGGCAUUUCUACCGUCACUCUCGCUCAGAAGACCUUGACGAACACUUUCUGGCUUCCUGCGACUCAGGUCACGGUCAGCGCCACAAAGGAUGUCACUUUGACCAUCACCAACACGAUCACUCCUUCUGCGGCUGCAGCAAGCUGCUCUAAGGCUGGUGGUGUGUUGGCGGCAUGA